AUCGAGGCCUGCGCAUUCCCUUCCCGGGUCCUAAGAUGGCUUCGGGUCCGCCAGACCACGUUUGCAGAGGUGGCUCCUGGCUGGGGCUAAGCGCGCCUCAUCUCGGGGCUCUCAACGCGGGGCCGAGUCGUGGCGGGCUCCCCGGGGGAGACCCCGGGGUGGUGGUGGUGGUUGUUGUCGAACCAAAAAACCCGCGAGGGCUGCGGGCUGCAGCCACCCACCUCCCCCCCCCGCCCCCGCCCCCGCGCGCUCGCCCCCGCCGCGGGCCCCACCGCGCGCAGGCGCGCUGCGUUGCAGCUCCUCGUGGCUGGAGGCCCCGCCACGCUUGCUGCAGCCCAUCCCCCCGCACCCCGGGCCCCGCCACGCUUGCUGCAGCCCAUCCCCCCUGCACCCCGGGCCCCGCCACGCUUGCUGCAGCCCAGCCCCCCAGCCCCCCGCGCCCCGGCCCCGCCGCGCGCGCAGCCGCGGUGCGCCGCGCCCCGCCCCUUCCCGCCGCGCGCCCCUGCACCCCCCGCGCGUACCCGGGGUGGGCCUCAGCCGCAGCGCCCGCCUCCUCGCUCUCCUUCUCCCGCCGCUGCAGCCUGGGCGGGGCGGUUUGGUCCAGCGUGAGCUCGGACAUGGCAGCCGAAGAGGCGGAGGCGCCGGGGCUCCCGGAGGACGAGGUGUGGGAAUUUUGCCUGGAUAAGAAUGAAGAAGAAGAUGGUGUUGGAUCCCCUGGAAGUAAUGUUACAGACGAUUGUGAGCCACCUUGUGGGUGCUGGGAGUUCAAUCCGGAUUCCCUGGAAGAGGAUCACCUGCUCUUAACCACCGAACUGUCUCUCCAGUCCCACAAUGAUAACACACGAGUUGUAAGAGUGAAGGUCAUAGCUGGCAUAGGCCUGGCCAAGAAAGACAUCUUGGGAGCCAGUGACCCUUACGUGAGAGUGACAUUGUAUGACCCGAUGAGUGGAGUCCUUACCAGCGUUCAGACUAAAACCAUCAAAAAGUCUUUGAAUCCAAAAUGGAAUGAAGAAAUACUAUUCAGAGUAAGUAUUCAUUUUCUUUUAUUAAAAAAAAAUAAAAUACAUUUUUUUCUCCAUAGGUAAUAUU